AUGUUCUUGAAGUACAAAGUAUGGGAUGGACAUAUUGAACACCUCUUCAUUCCGAAAACUGGAGUCAGUUUGGAGAACAUGAAUAACGGCAUCCAUUUACGGUUGAAAGAUGUCCAGUUCAGUGGUUCCAUUCAAGCAAGGCUAUAUGUAGGAGGAUGGUUAUCUCGAAUAGGAGUAAGUGGGGGUAUCAAAGUGAAGAGUUCAAAUGUGAAGCUCGAUGUUAUUUUGAAAUGGAAUGACUUCACCUUUACGCCUAUAAUCUCUAUGAAUUCUAAUCUUCAUAUUGAUUUUACAAGCCGUUUUCGGAAAUUCAAUGCCUUUCGAAAAUAUUUCCAGAAGCGUGCUUCACAAGUCGUCAACAAAAAAGUACCCGAAAAGUUGGCUGAAUUGGUCCACAAAAAAUUGAAUCCCAGAUUACAAAAACUCAAACAGAAGCUGAUCGCAAGAGGGCUUACCAAUUACGAUAUCGAGUGGACCGUGCAAAAACAAGUGGACCGUGCAAAACCAGAUUCUUCGUGUGGUUCUCAAGCCAAAGAGUCACUGUCAAACAUCGAUGUGACUUGCGUGAAUAUGGUGACCAAAUGUGAGGGAUCGACAUGCUCGCGAUGUACAGACAUCGAUAUCAACCCACUACCUCCGAACACGAUUGGACAUAAAUUCCCCAACUGUAUUCCUGAGUUUUUGGAUGAAUUAGGAUUCAAUGUUGAAUUAUGA